AUGGCUGACGAAGGACAUAAUGGCAAUGCUGCUGGAGAUGCUGAGCCUGAGAACUUCCGGAAGAUCUUUGUUGGCGGGCUCACUGGUAACACUACUGACGAGGUUAUGCGCGAGUUCUACUCGCAGUUCGGGGAGUUGACCGACAUCAUCGUCAUGCGUGAUCCAAAUACCAAGAGAUCAAGGGGAUUUGGUUUCGUCACUUUCGCUACUAAGGCAAAUGUAGGUCGUUGA